AUGCUUCUAUAUUUAUUUCUUCUAAUAAUUCCAUCUUUCAGGGUCAGGUUAGUUCGAAAAAAAAAUGAUAAGAGAACAUCAAACCAUUGGGGUUUAAAACAAUUUUGAAAAAAAAGUUAGAAAGAGUGAAUCAAAAAUUGAAAAUUCAUGCAUUUCUGGACAAAAACAAAUGGGCGGUGAUAAAACUUUGAUAAACAAUUAAAAUUUGUCACGUGUCUCGACUUAUCAAAGAUUUUCGCAAACAAUAACAAUUUUCGAAAGCGGUUUUUCGCACGUCCAAAGUUAUCCAUUUGGAACUAAACUUUGAUCAAAACAACAACCUUUUCAAAAAAAGUUUUCUCCCGCCAAUCCGAAAAAAGUGUAAUAAAAUGGAUGAUUGAACUGGUUUCUAAUAAAUGUGUCAACUAUGAAUUAAUUGAAUUGAAUUUGAGGAAAAAAGUUACAGAGCGGCGUGCACUUUUCUGGAUCAUCAAGCAUGUGACGAAGUUUGUAAAACUGAUAGUUUUUGGUAUGGACAUUGUAUUGGAUGGGAUGGAUUCAAUUUCAGGUGAGAAGCAAAAAAUGUGUUACUAGCUAUUUUGGGUAGUAAACUGUUUGACAAAAAAAUAUUAAAAUCAAAUUCAAAAAAAAAUUGCAGCUGUAAAUGCUAUGAAUAUGAACAACCAUUAGAUGGAAAAGUAUGUUUGACAAGACAAAUUGGUUGCUCUGAAAAAUGUAAAGAUCAGGUGAGCAAUUAUUGUAAUUUGCCCUUUUCUCUUAUCUUAUCAUUUUUUCUUUUCUACACUGCUUUUUGUUCAGGGUUCCGAGGGCGGAUUCUGUUUUCCACAAUUGGAUUCGCGAUCAAAUCUUCGAACUGCUUGUGAAUGCUUCAAAAAACUACAAAAUGUAUUUUUCAGACGACGAAAACGACAAACAUUUAAAUAUUUAAGAAGAAGAGAUUAG